CGGGAGUUCUGUGUGUUCUUUGUCCUCCCAGCUGCUGGCUGCCCGGUGCUGCCUGUAUCCCGGUAUCAUGGACCUGCCCGGGCUCAGCCUCCUGCUGCUGCUGCUGGUCCCCCGCCCGGGGAUGGACUCCGCGGCCACUGAGGUCCGGAGCUGUGCGGAUACUACAAGGGAACUGCGGGACAGGGGCCUGGGGGACACCCCUGGGAUGCGAGCCCCAAUAUCUGGAGAGCACCUCCGAAUAUGUCCCCAGGAGUACACCUGCUGCACCAGUGAAACAGAGCAGAGACUCAGUGCAGAAAGUGUUCGGGAUCUGGUGCGAAUAGUGAAUGAGAGUGUCAGCUAUCCUAUGGGGGUAUUAACCGGCGCACGAAAGAAAUUUCACGAAUUUUUCCUGGCUCUCCUUGACUCUUCUGAACACUCGCUGUCCUCCAUGUUUGUGCUCUCCUACGGACGCCUGUACUCCCAGAAUGCUGCACUCUUCAGCACGCUCUACUCCGAGCUGCGAGCGUACUACAUGGGGGGAGGAGCCUCCAGGCUUGCUGACGCACUGUCUGAGUUCUGGGCAGGACUUCUAGAACGCACUCUCCGCCUCCUUCUCCCUCACUACGAGCUGAGCGCAGACUACAUGGAAUGCGCGGGCCGGACCGCCGAGGAGUUACGACCCUUUGCCGAUUCACCCAAACGAUUAAGAGUACAGAUAACACGUGCACUUGGAGCAGCUCGGACUUUGGUCCAGGGUUUAGCAACCGGAGGAGAUAUCGUCAGCAGGGCAGCCAAGGCGUCUUACCCCCCAGACUGUCUCCGUGCGACUAUGAGGAUGUGGUACUGCCCAAUGUGCCGUGGCCACACAUCCCUUCGGCCUUGCCAUGGACUUUGUCUUAAUGUGAUGAAGGGCUGCCUUGCACACCAGGCUGACAUGGACGCUGACUGGAACAGCCUAAUUGAUGGACUUCAGGAGCUUGCAGAGCGUCUGACCGGUCCAUUUAAUGUGGAACUUGCCACUGAAUCCAUCUCAGUAAAGAUUUCGGAGGCGAUAAUGACUCUUCAGGAGGAAAGUAUUCAACUCACAGCCCAGAUAUUCCAAGCCUGUGGAACCCCACCUCCAUCUCGCAGCAGGCGCUCCCCACGAGAAGAACCCACGCGGAAAUUUCAGAAGUACAGCAAUGAGGAGAAGCCCACAUCAGCAGCUGGCACCAAUAUUGACAGACUGGUUUCAGAAAUUGUUGACAAACUUCGUCCCUUGCGGGGGCUCUGGAAGCUCCUUCCCCUCUCCCUCUGCUCGGAUCAUAGAGUCUCUGCCGGACUCAGCAACCAGGACAAAUGUUGGAAUGGACAAACUCGUGGAAGGUAUCUUCCACAGGUAACAGGUGAUGGACUCGUCAACCAGAUAAAUAAUCCAGAGGUGGAACUUCAGAUGUCGCCUCCCGACCCUAGAACACGACAGCUUGGUCUACAACUCCGUGUGGUGAGGAGCAAACUGCGGGCAGCUUACAGUGGGAAGGACAGUGAUACACAAGACCCCUUAGAUGAUGAUGGCAGCAGUGGUUCCGGAGCUGGCGAACCUGUCACUGAUAAACCUGUGGUAAGACCUAAGGCACCAGAACCGGAACCAAAGGAACGUCCAGGGAGGAACAGGAAACAGAAUCCCAGUGGUUCGGGAAGAGGAGGGCGAAGAGGAGGGGGCAGGUAUAGCAGUGCUGGAAAAGACAGCCUGUCUCCAAAGGGCGGAAUCAUCCUGACUUUUCUGAUAGGACUUCUAGUGUGUGUAUGAACUGCCAGUCACAUCAGCUAACGCAUAAAUACGUAUGUGUGAGCCGUUAGCAGGUGUGCACAUAUAUCAUAUCCAUGAGUGCGACCACAUUCAGUUUGAGUGAAUAUAAGUUCUAUAUGAGUGGAUGUAUGAGUGCCUAGUUUAUUAUUGUUUUAUUUAUAUGUGUAUGUAAGCUUUUUAUAUGCGUAUUUAUAUAAUUUAUGCUUGUGUACAUAUUUUGUCUGUAUAUAUUUUGUAUGCGUGCAAAAGUAUAUUUAUAUGAGUUAGAUGUUUGUGUAUGUAUAUAAUUUAUAUGUUUGUAUAUACUGUAUAUGUCUGUAGUUUUCAACACUACUUCGUUUUAUUUCUUAAGAUGCUGGAAAUAGUAACCUGAGUGGUCUUAAAAGUCUUCAAUUCACUACUAAUUGUUUUAUUAAUUUUAAAUUGGCCCUUAUACAUAUAGAUAGAUAGAAUGAUAGGCCAAUUGCUAAGUACAGAUAGAGAGGCAGAAGAGUAGAGACAGACCUACAGAGAUAGGUAAAGAGACAGAUUGAUAAAGGCAGGUUGAUAGGCAGAUUGGUAAUGACAGGUGGUGAGGCAGAUAGGUAAUGACAGGCUGAGAAACAACUGGUAGAGAAGAGAAGAGAAGAGAAGAUAAGAGAGACAGUUGGUGAAAAUAGUCAGAAAGAUAACUUAAUAAGUAAAGAUAUAGAUCGUUAAUGAUAGAUUGGGAGGCACAUGGUAACGAUAGGUUUGGAUGCAGAUGGUAACGAUAGGUUUGGAUGCAGAUGGUAACAAUAGGUUAGGAGAUGGAUGGUAACCAUAGGCUGGGAGACAGAUGGUAACGAUAGGUUGGGAGACAGAUGGUAACGAUAGGUUGGGAGACAGAUGGUUAUGAUGGGUUGGGAGAUUGAUGUAACCAUAGGUUGGGAGACAGAUGGUAAUGAGGUUUGGAGGCGGAUGGUAACUAUUGUUUAGGAGACGGAUGGUAAUGAUGGUUUGG